AGCACGGAGAACAGUUUUGGAGUCAUCACUCUGUUUUUUUGGGUUUUUUUUUUUUUCAUAAAGAUUAUCAUUCAUCAAAGUCAUCUGUGGUUGUCCAAAGGGUUCAGCAGCUUUCUCAGACGACUUUGCUCUCAACGUUUGACGACUUGCUGAGGCAGGAGGAGGACUAGUAGUGUUUCUGCAAUUCUGUCUCUCUCUCUCUCUCUGUCAUCUGGGAAGAGUCUCUUUCAUCCAAUCGUCUUAGUCAAAAUAAUGUAGUUAAUGUAGACAAUUGGGACUUGGGACUUAUUUUUACAGCCUCAGGAUGUUUUGUCUCUUUCACCACUGAGAGACUUGUCUGUUCGGGGAUCAGACAUUGUUUAUCUCUGGAGAGUGGACCUGUAGGAGACUUUUCUCUCUCUCUCUCUUUCUCUCUCUCUGACAACAUCCGACCUGAAAACUGAAGCAGGACCACCAGAAAAAGGCUUUUGGAACUCUCUCUCUCUCUUUCACUCCUCCUCUUCCUCUCUUUCACCACUGGGGGGGUGGUGAUUGCCGUCUGUUGUUAUUAAAAACAUCCCUAUCAUCCCUACCUUUGGAGUUGCGUUGCCAUGGAGCUGGAGAUUGACCCGGAGCUCCUGGACGACGAGGAGGGCAAGGAGCUAUGGGAGCGGAUCAAUGACAACCGCCACAGCCUGUCCCUACAGGUGCACCCCUGCAUCAUCCUGCCCUACCUGCGGCAGGCCCGCGUGCUCUCCGAGGUGGACGAGGACGAGAUCAUCAACUGGGCACAGCUGCAGAACUACUCCAUGAAGACCAGCCACAUGCUGGACAUUCUGCAUACGCGUGGUCGAAACGGUGCGGUGGCCCUACUGGAGAGCCUGAUGAUCCACUACCCCUCCACCUACACCCAGAUCACCGGACGCAAGCCCAGCGUCGAACCCUCCGGCUUCAGUGGCCUGAUCAAGUACUCGGAGCUGACGGACUACCUGGUGCGGGCGGUGACCUCCAUGCAGAAGGAGCUGUGCGAGGUGCGUCAGGAGGCCGACCAGGGCAGGGAGCGGCUGGCCCGUCUCAAGGCGGAGCUGGCCACCGCGUCGGAGCGCGCCGCUGAGCUCCAGCCCAUCCAGGAGGAGAACACACGGGUCCGCGGCCACCUGUCCAGCCUCAACCGCGACCUGCUCAAGCUGAAGGACGAGAAGUGCGAGCUGUACGUGCGCUAUGCGGCUGCCGUCGAGGAGAGGUCGGCCGCUAUGCUGCGCUGCCGGGACCUUAACUUGGAGAUCUACCAGCUGCAGUGCGACGUGCGGAAGUGUGAGAAGGAAAAGGACUUCCAGAGGAGGCGCUCGCUCCACUUCACCUCCCCCAGCGAGAGCCAGCAGCUGCGGGACGAGAUCGCCACGCUCAGGCGCAAACUCAUGGAUGCCGAGAAGUUCAGUCCGGCGCGUGAGGAUAUCCUGGCCCAGGAUCUGGAGGAGGCUCAGGAUCGGCGUUCGGAGCUGGCCGAUAGACUGUGCAGACUGAGCGAAGACAACGAGAGGCUGAGCAGGGCAACUGAAGAGCUGUUGGAGGAGAAGGAGAACCUGGUGCUGCAGGUCCAGAAGCUGACGCUGGACUGUGAGAUGUACCAGCAGAAGAGCACCGUCUUCCAGAGCCAGCUAGGAGAACUGCAGGCGGAGAGAGACAGGGCCUACCUGUCGAGGGACGACGCCCAGGCCCAGAUCGGGCGCUGCCUGGCGGAGAAGGACAUCCUGCGGAGCCAGCUGGUGGAGCUCCAGGAGAAAGUCUUCAACCUGAGGGCCCGCAACAACGACAGGGGACCCAGGGACAAGCCACGCUCGCGGGAGUUCAGCUGGGAGAGUAGCGGCUGUGGCUCCAGUAUGGAGGGUCCUCCUCUCAGUCCCCAGCCCGUCUCCAGGCUCUAUGGAGAGGGCCCCCCUCCCCCUGCCGCUCCCCCUCCGCUCAGCCCCCAUCCCCGCUCACGCCUCUGCCGCAUGAACGCCCUCAACCCAGACCUCACCAGGAGCGACGACCUGGAGUCUUGUGAGGGUGGGAUCAGCAGCAUUCGCUCCAACCAGGUGGAGCCUCCGGGCACUGAGUCUCUCCGCAGGCGCCAAUGGGACAUGCUGAGCAACCACAGUGGAGAGACGGAUGACAGUCCCUUUUCUGAUUGUGAAUACGUCAUUAUACCUAAAGACAGCUGUGCCCCUCCCAAGUCUGCCACCCUCCCAGCUCUUAGUGAGAAAUGCAACAGCCUUGACAAUGUGUCCCGCGCCUCGGCGCCCCCCUUCCUGAUGCGCUCGCGGCCCCAGGCGCUGCGCAUGACGGGCCGGGUGCUCACGCUCUCGCUGCAGGGGGGCACCUCGCUGCUGAAGCAGAUCCAGGUAGUGGGGGGCAACAAGACGGGGGUGUUCGUGCGGCAGGUCACCGAGGACUCGUCAGCGCAGACGGCCGGGGUCAGCCCCGGAGCCCAGAUCCUGGAGGUGAAGUAUGAGCAGGAGCUGAGGGCCAUGCGUAUGGUGCUGGAGGACUGCACCCAGGAGGAGGCGCUGUGGGCCCUGGGACAGGUGCAGGGGCCCUGCCAGCUCUCACUCAGGCCCAACCAGGAUGCCUAUGACAGCCUCCUGCUGCAGCUGAAGGAGGGCGUGGUCAGCUCGGGCGACUCCUUCUACGUGCGUGUCAACAUGGCGGUGGCGGCAGGUACCACUCCUGGAGCGCUGUCCAUCAAGUGCAACGACAUCCUGCACGUCACCAACACCUGCCACGGCAGCGAGGGCAGCUGGUGGGCAAGCCUGGUGCACUCAUGCCAACUGCUGGACCUCAAGGGUGGCAGCGUGCCCAACUACUACAGAGCUCAGCGUUUGCUGAUUCGUUCGAUUGAAGACUUGACCUUCCAGCACAGAGCGCACAAGAAGGUGGAGCGUGUCCAGGGGAAGCAGAAGGCCAUGCGUAUCGUCAGUACGGGCCGACAGCCACGCAACCCUCUCUGGGUCAGCGUGAAGAGGGACGGCCCCGAGGAGACUACGGGCACCAGUGAUGGCAGCACCCCCAGGAGCUGUGUCACCCUCAUGCCUUACACUCUGGUCACGCCUCACUACCCGCCCGUCUGCCGCCCGGUCCUCCUGCUACCCACAGUCCUCGGCCGCGUCCUCCACAAGCGUCUGGCGGAGAUGGAGGGUUAUCACUUGUGCGAGCCAGAGAGUCUGAGUGCUAGUGAGCAUGCGGUGCGAGUCCAGAAGGGAGAGGUCCUGGAGGAGUGUGGCCAUCCCAGCACCAACCACUGCUACACCCUACAGGGCGUGGAGAAGAUCAUGAGAAGGGGGGCCCACUGCGUUCUGCCUCUGGGUCUGGACUGUGUGAGGCGGCUCCACAGGGCUGAGAUCUUCCCCAUCAUCAUCUUCAUCUCCUUCAACGAGCGCAGCACCUGCCGACUCAAGCACAGGUUGCGUCAGCACAGCCUGUCAGAGGCCCAGCUCCUGGAGAGCUCGCGUGCGGAGGAGCCCCUACUGGAUAAGCUGCCCUGCCUCUACCGCAGCCUGCAGCCCGACUGCUGGAGGGAGACCUCGCUCCUGGAGCUGGUCCAGCACGCCGUGGCCGAGGAGCAGCAGAAGAUCGUAUGGGUGGAGCCCAACCUCUGGUGAUGUGGCACAAGACAACAGGGGCAGAGUUAUAGGGGGGGCGAGCAGGCAGGGCAUUUGCCCCGGGACCCAGGGCCCUCCUAUAUUGGUGGUGGGGGCCCCAUUGUGACUUGACAAGCUGUAUGGGGGGCCCUAUAAGUGUCUUGCCCUGGGGCCCUGUGUGCAAUUGUUCCACCACUCCAAGGCGACCAAACAUCUGCUGGUGCAGUGAGCAGGACUUCCUAACCUCUGGUGAUCCGGUGCAAGCUAACUUAACUUCUGGCGAUUUUGCCCAAGUAGGCUACCUGGUGAUCCAGUCACAAUCCCCUCUAUCAAGUCAGCAGGACUUUCUGAACUCUGGUUAUCCAGUCUUUUAAUCUGGUGACCAGAUUAAGGGAGUCGCCUCUACCACAGCCUGCAGCCCGGCUGCUGGAGGAAGAUCUCACUCCUCAAGCUUGUCCAGGAUGGAGCGGCUGAGGAGCAGCAGGAGAUUGUCUGGGUCGAGCCCAACCUCUGGUGAUGUGGCACAAGGCGACCAAACAUAGUCAGACCAAGAGCGAUGUAAAUAUUGUUUCUGAUCUCCAAAAAUCGGGGAACUCAGUCUCCACCCACUUUGUCGGACACCAGUCAACCAGCAGCAAACCUUGGGAAAACCAUGCCGUUUGGGAAACGUUAAUCGUUUGAAAGUCGUUGAUAAUCAAGCUAACCAAACAUCUGGUGGUGCAAUGACCCUCUGGUGAUCCGGUGCAAGCUACUUAACUUAUAGCGAUUUGACCCAAGUGACUAGUUAUCCGAUCACAAUCCCCUUUAUCAAGACAGCAGGACUUUCUGAACUCUGGUUAUCAACUCUUUUAAAACCUUUUGAGGAGUAAGGAAUUUCUAGAGGUUCUUCUAGAAUUUUACUGGAACACUCUACAGCUCCUAUAGACGUCUCGCAAAGUCCUUAUGACAUCAUAAUUAGAACUCAAAAUUUUGGCAAAAUUCUAAUCACAUAUUUGUGAUGGUGCUCCUCAAAGGGUUAAUCUGGUGACCCAUUCUGGAUCCCUCCCAUAACAGACUGUGCAGCAUCUGGUAAUGCUCUACCGCAGCCUGCAGCCCGACAGCUGCUGGAGGGAGUAGCCAGGCCGUGCCCUCCUAGUGACACAUUUGAAAGUCGAUGAUAAUCAGUCUUGGAGGGAGACCUCACGCCUCCAACUGGUCCAGGGCGGAGUGUCUGAGGAGUAGCAGAAGAAUGUCUGGGUCAAACCUACUCACGGUUGACCUCUGAUUGAGCCAAAAAUCGUCUCGAUUCCUAAAAAGUCUUGCAUUGUAUGCCCGGUUUUAGGGAUUCUGACUGGAUCAGGAUCAACAGAGGAUGAAGAGACUGGAUCCUCACAUGAUCAUGGACAUUAGCAGAUCAUCUGGUAACCUACGUACUGUACUUGGAGUGACUCUCAAGGCUUACGUCAACCAGUAGUACAUUCUAAUGGUCGUUUACAUGCAAGUGUUUACACGCAAGUGAACACCACCACCAUCUCCAACAACAACAACAGCAACAACAGUAAUAACUGUAUUAAUAAUUCACUUUCUAUCUGGUCACAUAUGGUGCUAUUCAAUGUAUUCAACCAGUAAAAAGUGGUCUGAAGGAGGUCAGAAGAAUCAUGAUGUAAAAGUAUGGUAACACUGAACCGACGGGGUUUAAGACCACAGUGUUGACAUCCGCAUGCCAUUAUGAUGAUUAAAUAUCGGGUAUUAUAAUGUCUUUACCGCCCUGUGGGACCAAAAGACAAAUGUUAGUCUGUUGCAAGUCUGAGCCCCAAUGCUCUUAGCUCGCAUUAUCAUGAUGGGCUAUAAUUAUGAUGAUGGAUCGUAUGGUAUAGCCUCAUGCGCUGAGCUCUUACUGUUUUAUGCUAUGGCUUAAAUUAUCUACCGCUAAUUACCGUCUUGUAUAUAUUUCCCUGUUAUUUAUCAUUCCCAUUAGAAGGGUGUUGCCAUUCAGAGCAACAUAUAACGUCUCGGUAGAUACUCUUGUUCAAGAGAGAAUGUGAACUUACAGUACAGUUAAAGCUACUAUUGGUGCCAAGUACUUUGGACUUGAUGACAACUGAAUCUAUUUUAUUAUAGUUUUAGUUUUAUUUACAUUUAUUAUUAUUUUAUAUAUUAAUGUACAUAGUGGGACAAAAAUUGAAAAG